CAUUCUUGUGCCGUUUCUCGGAAAAGCUUUUCAGUAAAUGCACUCAUGCUGCUCCAGGAGCUCUUCUCUGCAACAAGCCACCCAUCUGCCUUCAACAAGUUAAGACCAUGAGAACUAAUGGCUACGGAGAGACUGAAGCUUUGAUUAACCAGCUGAACAGUUAGAAGAGGAGAAAAUCAAUAACUUAUAUUCAAAACUGAUUCAGAGGAUCAGAGCAAUCACCGAAAAUGAAACCAAUGCUUUCCAGAGGAAUAUCCUAAGGAAAAACAACUCACCCUGGUGGAUUCAAUUUUACCCGGAAAGGCUAGGACACAGAAAACAGGAAACUGGUUGAAGGCUCCUGCAUGUUAGAGCCUUUUACAGACUCACUGCGUUGAGUCUGAUAACCACGACUGAAUGCAGCCUCCAAUGUGCUCAGAAGAAUGGGCUUACAUUUCAAGUGGCCAUUAGGGGCCCCUAUGCUGGCAGCAAUAUAUGCAAUGAGUAUGGUUUUAAAAAUGCUGCCUGCCUUGGGUAUGGCGUGUCCACCCAAAUGCCGCUGCGAGAAGCUGCUCUUCUACUGCGACUCUCAGGGCUUCCAUUCAGUGCCAAACGCCACAGACAAGGGCUCUCUAGGCCUGUCCCUGAGGCACAAUCACAUCACAGAGCUCGAAAGAGAUCAAUUUGCCAGCUUCAGUCAACUUACCUGGCUCCACUUAGAUCACAAUCAAAUUUCAAUAGUAAAAGAAGAUGCUUUUCAAGGACUAUAUAAACUUAAGGAAUUAAUCUUAAGUUCCAACAAAAUAUUUUACUUGCCAAACACAACUUUUACCCAACUGAUUAACCUGCAAAAUUUGGACCUGUCUUUUAAUCAGCUGUCAUCUCUGCACCCAGAGCUCUUCUAUGGCCUUCGGAAGCUGCAGACCUUGCAUUUCCGUUCCAACUCCCUGCGGACUAUCCCAGUACGCCUGUUCUGGGACUGUCGUAGUCUGGAGUUUCUGGAUUUGAGCACAAACCGUUUGCGAAGUUUGGCUCGCAAUGGAUUUGCAGGAUUAAUUAAACUGAGAGAGCUUCACCUAGAGCACAACCAGCUGACGAAGAUUAAUUUUGCUCAUUUCCUACGGCUGAGCAGUUUGCACACGCUCUUCUUACAAUGGAACAAAAUUAGCAACUUGACAUGUGGGAUGGAGUGGACCUGGGGCACUUUAGAAAAGCUAGAUCUAACUGGAAAUGAAAUCAAAGCCAUCGACUUGACAGUGUUUGAAACAAUGCCUAACCUUAAAAUACUCCUCAUGGAUAACAACAAGUUAAAUAGCCUUGAUUCCAAAAUCUUAAACUCUCUGAGAUCUCUCACAACCGUUGGCCUCUCAGGCAAUCUCUGGGAAUGCAGCCCCCGAAUAUGUGCUCUGGCCUCCUGGCUGGGCAGUUUCCAAGGUCGGUGGGAGCAUUCCAUCCUAUGCCACAGCCCUGACCACACCCAAGGAGAGGAUAUUCUAGAUGCAGUCCAUGGAUUUCAGCUCUGCUGGAAUUUAUCAACCACUGUCACUGCCAUGGCUACAAGUUAUAGAGAUCCAACCACUGAAUAUACAAAAAGAAUAAGCUCAUCAAGUUACCAUGUGGGAGACAAAGAAAUCCCAACUACUGCAGGCAUAGCAGUUACUACUGAGGAACACUUUCCUGAACCAGACAAUGCCAUCUUCACUCAGCGGGUAAUUACAGGAACAAUGGCUUUAUUGUUUUCUUUCUUUUUUAUUAUUUUUAUAGUAUUCAUCUCCAGGAAGUGCUGCCCUCCCACUUUAAGAAGAAUUAGGCAGUGCUCAAUGAUUCAGAACCACAGGCAGCUCCGAUCCCAAACACGACUCCAUAUGUCAAAUAUGUCAGACCAAGGACCAUAUAAUGAAUAUGAACCCACCCAUGAAGGACCCUUCAUCAUCAUUAAUGGUUAUGGACAGUGCAAGUGCCAGCAGCUGCCAUACAAAGAAUGUGAAGUUUAAUAUCUACCCAUCAUCAAAAAUCACAUCAGAUAAGUAACCUAUUUUACAUAGUAGGGGCUAAAUACAUAUCUAAUUUUUACCAAUGGUGACAUUAAGCCUAAUUUUCCAAACCAAGUGAAGACUUAGUUUUUGAAGUGUUGAAGUAUUUUUAAUUUUUUAAUGAAACCAUAUUUUAAGUGUUAAAUGAAGCAAUGCUCACAUUAAUUUGCGCUCUUGGAAAUUCUAAUAAUGCUUACUUCAAAAUAAGACAUUUAAUGUAUGUAAUUAUAUACCAUCGUGUGUAAACAUUUACACUAAGGUCUCUGUAUGCUAUUUUUUCCUACUGAAGACAGUUUGGAAAGAAGCUACUGAGCAGAAAGAGAUAUGGAUCAAUACCUGUUUGAUCAUUGCUCUCCAUCCCAUGUACCACAACUGGCUUGCUGCUUGAAAGGAGAAAAAGUUCUCUUGUAUGAUAAUUUGGUAUUUACUCAAAUUAACAAUCUACUGCCAGUGUGGGAAGUAGAUUCAUAUAUUCUGAAGACUGGUAAAUAUUGAACACUCUUCCAGAGAUUUUGCCUGGGUUGGCAGAUAUUAUCAAAGUCCACACCAUGAAAUCAGAACCCUUCAUGUAAUUCUAAUAAGCUGAGUGACUCUUUAAUAUAUUUAAACAAUGAAUCCAAGUGAUUGUGAAAAGGUCUCAUUGCAGUGAAAUCAAUACUAAAUAAUAACACUGACUUAUACAUCUCUAGUUUGACUUACAAUGGUCAUGCUGACUUUUGUGGCAUUUAGACAAUUGUUUUAACCUAGUAUUAAAUCAUCAUUUUACUAAUUAAUUUACUAAAUCCUAUAUUUACAUUUAUAUGUGGGGGGGGGGGAAGAUUUAGAAAUUAUUUUGGAGAGAAAAGAGAUAAACUCAGUCAAUUAAUCCUGACACGCUCCCUCUGAUUUGAAAGCAUGUGCACGCACACA